CGCGUCUGUUGUCAUCCCAAGAUGGAGUUUCUGCUGGGGAAUCCCUUCAGCACCCCGGUGGGGCAGAGCCUCGAAAAGGCCACAGAUGGCUCCCUGCAGAGCGAAGACUGGACGCUGAACAUGGAAAUCUGCGAUAUCAUCAAUGAAACAGAAGAAGGGUAACCCAAGGAUGCCAUCCGAGCGCUCAAGAAGAGGCUGAAUGGGAACAAGAACUACAGAGAAGUGAUGCUGGCUCUAACGGUACUGGAAACUUGCGUGAAGAACUGUGGCCAUCGCUUUCACGUCCUGGUAGCCAACCGUGACUUCAUAGACGGGGUCCUGGUGAAACUCAUCUCUCCUAAGAACAACCCUCCCACCAUCGUUCAGGAUAAAGUCCUUGCCCUAAUUCAGGCCUGGGCCGAUGCCUUUCGGAGCAGCCCAGACUUAACCGGAGUGGUGCAUAUUUACGAAGAACUCAAAAGGAAAGGAGUGGAAUUUCCGAUGGCUGACCUCGACGCUCUGUCUCCGAUACACACCCCUCAGAGAAGCGUCCCCGAAGUCGACCCAGCAGCCGUCAUGCACAAGUCCCAAUCUCAGCCCAGGGUGAGCGCCAGCCCCUACCCGUCGCCUCCCCCGACAGCCUACCCGGCCCCGCAGGCUCCGCCUCUGAACAUGAGCGGCCCCAUCACUGCAAAUACCGAACAGGUUGCACGGCUGCGCAACGAACUGGACGUUGUUCGCGGGAACACCAAAGUGAUGUCGGAGAUGCUCACGGAAAUGGUGCCCGGCCAGGAAGACCCUUCAGACCUUGAGUUACUGCAGGAGCUGAACCGGACGUGUCGAGCCAUGCAGCAAAGGAUCGUGGAACUCAUCUCCCGGGUGUCCAACGAAGAAGUCACGGAAGAGCUCCUGCACGUGAACGACGACCUGAACAACGUCUUCCUCCGAUACGAAAGGUUUGAGCGGUACCGGUUGGGCCGGUCGACGCAGAACGCCAGCAACGGGGUUCUCAACGAAGUGACCGAGGACAACUUGAUAGACCUGGGACCUGGCUCCCCAGCUGUGGUCAGCCCCAUGGUUGGAAACAACGCUCCUCCGGCAGCUACCUUGUCUACCCAGCUCGCUGGGCUAGAUCUGGGCGCCAACAACGUGAGCGGGACGCUCGGCUCCCUCCAGCCCUCCGCCAACCCCCGCGACGACUUCGACAUGUUCGCGCAGACGCGAGGCGGUUCGUUGGCCGAGCAGCGCAAGAACACGACCUACGACGACUCGCAGGCCGUUCGAGAGGUGGCAUCCGCUCUGGGGAGCCGGAAACAGACCGCGGGAGGGAGCAGGCUAAUGGCUGCUUACAAGAGAGGUAAAGUUGGCAGUUCAGACUUGGAACCCAUAGACAGAUGGCUAAUAACCCAAGGAAUGAUUCCAGUUGCGCAGGCCUCUGUCAUGGAUGACAUAGAGGAAUGGCUCAGUACAGAUGUGAAAGGAGAUGAACUGGAAGAAGGCGUGACGAGUGAAGAGUUCGACAAAUUUCUAGAAGAACGCGCCAAAGCCGCCGAAAGGAUCCCCAGCUUGCCCUCGCUGCCGCCGGAGGAGCCCACGCUGCCGCCAGCGAACCCCCCCAGCAAAAAGAAGCCGGAGCGCAUGGAAGACGCCCUCUUCGCCCUGUGACGCUCCUCUUCCUCCUGGCUGUCCAAGGAAAGAACUACAGCCGGGGCCGUCUAGCUCUCCUUGCGAUACCCGGCUAGCAGCGACGAGCUCCCCCUGCCAUCCCGGGCUCCGUAGACAGCCCCUAGCACCUCUCCGAAACGAUCCAGCCCAAAUAAGCUAACUUUUAAAGAGUAUUUAAGCCCCUGUCUUGUCAUACCCGUGGUCAUCCUCUUGAGCUCGCUUCAUCCCCUCUGCCCCACCCCAGGUCGUAAGUGCCGAGAGCCGUCCUUUCCGAAACGAUGCAUGAGCA